UAACGAUCAUCCUGGCAGCUAGAGAGAGAAGGAGAAAUAGGGAGGGUAAGAAAUAACGGAAACUAUCAAGAGUGACUGUCUAGUAUCUGUCAGGUCGGAGCUGUCGCUGUAUUUGCGAGCCCUGAGCAGGUCUGGAGAGGCUGUGAUUUCUGCAGUUAGCCGCGAAGCUAACGGUUUAGCUCGGGUCAUUCUGCGCUGACGGCUCCGCUGCAAACAACACGCCUGCGCCGUUAAAUGACUCUCAUUCUCCGAUUAUGUAGCACUUUACCGAACAAAACGGGUCAUUCUCAAGGCCACGGAUGGAACCGGGGCAGCAGCGUGAGAACCCCCCCGGAUCCGGGGAGCCUGAGUCAGGGGAGUGGAGAGAGGAGAGCGCCGCGGUGGAGACUGGGGCGAAGGACGAUACCCUGAAAAACAGAAGCGGGGAUGGAGGAAACGAGGAAACUACGAGCAAAACCGAGAACACUGUGGUGGCGGAGAAAGAUAAGGCUGAGUUUGAUGAAGAUGAGGAGCAAUAUGAGGAAGAGCUGGACCCCAGGAUUCAGGAGGAGCUGGAACACUUGAAUCAGGCCAGUGAUGAGAUCAACAGACUGGAACUACAGCUGGAUGAAGCGAGAUCCAGCUACAGGAGGAUCCUUACAGACUCGGCACGCAAACUCAACGCUCAGGGCUCUCAGCUGGGAGCCUGCAUCGAGAAAGCCAGACCUUACUAUGAAGCCCGUAGACUUGCUAAAGAGGCUCAACAGGAGACCCAGAAGGCAGCGCUGAGGUACGAGAGGGCUGUCUCCAUGCACACGGCUGCCAGAGAGAUGGUUUAUGUGGCUGAGCAAGGUUUAUUGGCUGACAGGAACACAUUGGACCCUACCUGGCAAGAGAUGCUAAACCACGCCACGGCCAAGGUGAACGAGGCAGAAGAGGAGCGUUUGAGGAGCGAGAGGGAGCACCAACAUGUCACUCAGCUUUGUCAGGAAGCAGAGGCGCGUGUGCAGACUUUGCAGAAGGCUCUUAAGAGGGUCAUUAUCAAGUCCAAGCCUUAUUUUGAGCUCAAGGCUCAGUUCAACCACAUCCUAGAGGAGCACAAGUCCAAAGUCGUCCAGCUGGAGGAACGGGUGGCGAAGGUGAAGACCCGAUAUUCUGUCGCCCUCCGCAACCUUGAACAAAUCAGCGAGCAGAUCCAUGCACAAAGGGGUCGCAUUCGUGCCGCCAGAGAGCGCAACAGAGCCCGUGGGGGGCGGAGCUCUCCGGUGGGGGCGGAGUCUGAGGGUGUAAUCCAGUCAGGGGCGUAUGCAGGGGUGGUGGCCAAUCCUUUAAUGGAUAAUGACUGGGCCGAUCAAGAGAAAACCAGGCAGUGGGUGGAGAAACACAGGGAUGCUGGGUGGGGCAGGAGAGAGAGGGCGGAGAAGGCGGGGUCAGACUCCAUGUCAGUCAUCAGCCUGCAAACCAUCGCCUCCGACCUAGAGAAGUUCGAUUCUGUGGAGCACUUGGGCGACCUUAGUGACGUCGGAAGUAUAAUAGGUGAGGAGAAAGAGGCGGAGAGCGAGAGAGGAUUUAGGGUCGACGAUAGAAUAGUAGAGAGAGAGGUGGCGAACCUCUCGAGACAGGAUGCAGAGAAAGGUGCCUCAGGGGCAGACAGACAGCAGAGAGAUAGAGAGCGUGAGAGCUUUGUGAAGCAGCACCACAGAAGUGUUAGUUUGUGAGGAAACAGGAAAUUAGAGUUGCCUGUUACUCCACCCCAAUCUUGGAGGGCUAAAGCUUGCCUGCAGGCUUCCAGGCGAGACUCUCAACUGACUACAAAUGAAUCAGACUGAAAACACUGCAUUUGCUUAAAGGUGAAGUGUGUCAUUUCAGCGCCCCUUGUGGCAAAAACAUACAGGUUUCCCGAAACACACUCUGCUAUUGGUUAAAUAAACAGAUGAUCCCACCCCCAAACUUAUGCCAUUGGUUGAGCCAGUGUUGCUGUGUCAGGCUGGUCGGGAUGAUCAAACAAAUAAAGUUAACACUCUUCGGGAAAUCAACAUACUAACGGCACUAACUGUGGAAGCCCGUUUCCACUUGAGAGUGGGGAGAAAAAAAAAAGUAAUUUCAGAUCAAAAUAUAUUGUCACAGUUAAGAGAAACAAAGUCACGAUGGGCAUCAUUCAUUAAAGUUUUGUAAAUAUAUGAGUAAAUCUGAAUGAAUUUGCACAUAAAGUGGACCUUCCAGAAAACUGUCCUUCAGAUUCACAAACGCUUCAAACCUCAAAUUUGAUAAUUAAACAAGUAUUAAAUGAAUUCAACAAUCCACAGUUAGCAUAAUUCAAUUACAGCUAUGCAUCAUAUUUGUUUAUUAAUGAGAUUUGUUUUCACAUUUAAUUAAUUGGUUAACUAAUUCAUUUUUUUAUAUGAAAUUUGUUUUAGGAACAAUUUGUUGAGGAAUUUCAUAUAACAUGACUCCGAAAUUUUACGUCAGAAUGGCUUUAUGAACAAACAAAUUCUUCCUGUUCAUGUUUCAUGAAUGGAGGCCCAUUGUAAGACCUAAAGCAAUUAUGAGAGUCACAU